AUGGAUCAACAGGACAACAACGCACUACCUAGCGAACAAAAUGCUACCGCUAGCCAACUACCACCCGACUGGUUUACAGAAAUCCAGCAGUUACGCCAGCAAAUCGCUACGGUAAUGCAGCACCAAGCGUCCCGGGAGGCGCAGCCCGGGGCACCAUACGAUGGAGAUAAGACUACGUUUACAGCCUGGAAGAUACUUAUGGCCCACAAGCUAGUUACCGACCGUAAGUUUAUCGGUACCGACAAGGACCAGUGGAUGUUCGUCUGGCAGUGCUUAGCGCCUAAGAUUCAGUCCCGCGUUACAGCCUUCUUCGAAGCAGGGCCGUCGUACCAGUACAACCCGUUACAAUUCUUGGCUUACCUCGAAUCCGUUUUCGCCAACCCUCAUCGGAUAGAGAUAGCGCAGACCGAGCUCGAACAACUAGAGCAAGCAAGCAAUAAGGCAUUUACCUCAUUCUACGUACGCUUCGAACAAAAGCUAGCAUUAGCUGGGGGAAUAAAUUGGCCCGACGAAAUUAAACUCGUUAAGCUGCGUCGCGCGCUCAAUAAGACCAUACGGGAUAGCAGUAUUGGGCGCAAUAUCCCACGAGAUAGUUACAAGGCGGCCGUUAAUAUUUACCGUAGCAUUGCGGUAGACAUUGAAUCGUACCGCUUGGAGGAGAAAUACCGGAACCGCUACGGCCGCGCAAUAGCCCCGACAAAACCCAUAACGGACGAGGACGGUAACGUACGGAUAACGGGCAUUAACGCAGCAACUGUAGGGCGCCGUCGCCCAGUAACCCAAGGAACAAGGACCAGCCUAGGGCAGUCGUUAAGCUAG